AUGCCAAACGGAAAGGACCGCGAUAAAGAGAAGACGAAAGAAGUCAAGGAGCCGAAGGACAGCAAGGACGUGAAGAAAGUCAACGACGAUGAACUCGAAAGACAAAUUUACUAUCAUGGAAUGAGACCGCGCAAGGAAGUCACCACCUUGCUCAAACAAAGCGGAAGCUGGUUGGUGAGGAUGACCGAUAAGGAUGGGACACUCAUGCUUGUGCUUAGCUACCACGAUCCGGUGAAAGGAAUCAGACACCUCACACUUGAAAGUGCAAACAAACGAUGGAGUCUCAAUGCCCUCAGAAAGAACAAGAAAAAGAAAUGCAAGGACUUCGCUAGUGUCGUCGAGCUGAUUGAAUUCUAUAAAAACGACAAGACGGAAUUACAACUUGGAACCCCCGUUGACCGACCCCAAUGGAUGAUUAAACACGAUCAACUUUCUUUUGAUCGAACCAAGGAUCUUCUUGGAACAGGAAAUUUUGCCAAUGUCUACAAGGGAAUCUACAAAAUUGAUGAUAAAAUGGAAAAAAUUGUCGCUAUUAAAGAGAGCAUUACAAGAGAAGCGUAUACCGUGGAACAACUCAAGAAAGAGCGUGAAUCGAUGUUGAAAGAAGCGGAGACGCAAGUCUACUACGUGCACGAGAAUGUCGUCAGGUUCUUUGGAGUGGCCGCUGAUUACCCGCCAAUUCAAGUCGUGAUGGAGUUGUGCCCGGGACGAGAUCUAAUGACGCAUCUACAGAGGGAGAAGGAUAACAUCUCUGUGGCUGAGCGAAUCGUCUACAUUCGGGAUGCAGCAAGGGGAAUGGUCUAUCUGCACGACGAGAAGAACUUGUUGCAUCGGGAUAUCGCGGCUCGGAAUUGCCUCAUCGCCGCCAACGGAUACAUCAAGAUCUCGGACUUUGGCCUUUCCCUUCUUUGUGAGAAAAAGGAAUCAAUCGACAUCGACGAGCCGGGCAAUCAUCAGCUUCCAGUUCGUCACAUGGCACCCGAAACGCUGAAGAAGCCGGCCAUUUACUCGAAGAAGUCGGAUGUCUGGGCGUUUGGAAUGCUGAUCUACGAAGUAUUCAACAACGGAGUGAAGCCAUGGCCUGAGGAUCAGCCGAGGAAAAUUGCGACAAAGAUUAGGCGCUGUGAAAUGUGUCCGUUGCCAGAGAAUAUGCCCCAAGACAUCAAGAAGCUCGUUAAGGAGGAUAUUUGGCAAACAAAGGCUGAAGCCCGCCCGAGCAUCAAAGAUACCUUGAUGAGGGUAGAGCGACAGUACCGACUCAUCGGAAAACCUGAAAAGCCAGUGAUCCAAAGGGAGGCCAGCCUUUCGAGAUCCAAAUCAAUGUCGAUCAGCAACGACGAGUAUACACAAAACGAUGAGGUUACUGUUACUGAGGAGGUCAAGAAAACGAGUGAGAACACCAAAAGGAAU